AAAAUUCUAUUAUUAAAUCCAGACCUCCCCCGAGACAGACAGACAGACAGAAUGCCGCUGUUCGUCUUCUUCUCUCCUUGCCACUCUCUUCCAAUCCCCAUUUCUAUCCUGUAAACAAAACCCUCCCUUUCCUUCCUAAACCUUAAAAAAAAAUAAAAAGACCGAACAUGUACUUGUCAGAGAAGCCUCGCCCUCUCGAUUUCUACAAAGAAGAAGUAGGACCAUCGUCUUCUAGAGACAACAUGAUUAUCGAAGUUGUCUCUUCCAACGGCGAUUUGCCACCUCUUCAUCUUCACCCCAUCACCGCUGCUACCAACCCACACCAGAUGAUUCUCGGCGAAAGCAGCGGCGAUGACAACCACGAAGUCAAAGCACCCAAGAAGCGAGCUGAGACAUGGGUUCAAGACGAAACCCGAAGUCUGAUCGGGUUUCGCAGAGAAAUGGAUGGUCUCUUCAAUACUUCCAAGUCAAAUAAGCACCUCUGGGAGCAAAUUUCUACUAAAAUGAGGGAUAAAGGUUUCGAUCGAUCGCCGACUAUGUGCACCGACAAGUGGAGGAACUUGUUGAAAGAGUUCAAGAAGGCGAAGCAUCAAGAUAGGGGAAGUGGGUCUGCUAAAAUGUCGUAUUACAAGGAGAUUGAUGAGAUUUUGAGGGGAAGGAAUAAGAAUUCUCAGUAUAAGUGCCCUACUCCUAAAGUUGAUUCUUACAUGCAAUUUUCUGAUAAAGGCUUUGAAGAUACAAGUAUAUCAUUUGGACCAGUGGAAGCCAGUGCCAGGCCAACACUCAAUUUGGAAAGACGUCUGGAUCACGAUGGACAUCCCCUUGCCAUCACCGCGGCUGAUGCAGUUGCAGCAAGUGGAGUUCCUCCUUGGAAUUGGAGGGAGACCCCUGGGAAUGGUGCUGAGAGUCAAUCAUUUGGUGGGAGGGUGAUAUCAGUCAAAUCUGGGGACUACACAAGAAGGAUUGGCAUUGAUGGCACCACAGAUGCCAUUAGGGAGGCAAUCAAGUCUGCUUUCAGAUUGAGAACUAAGCGAGCAUUCUGGUUGGAGGAUGAAGACCAGAUAAUUCGUGCUCUUGACAGGGACAUGCCUUUAGGGAAUUACACUCUUCACCUUGAUGAAGGGUGUGUAAAGCAAAAAAUGAUCCAUAUCCGUCCAAUUAUUGUUUCUUUACUAGGACAGUAAUUGUUUGCUUUCACAUUGCGAAGGUUAUUUAGAGCAUUUAUCUUACAGGCAUAGCAGCGAUCAAAAGGAAAAAGCAAUUGUAGCAUUAUUAGGCCAAGUCCCUUCACCGUUUCGACCCAAUUCUUGGACAUUCAGAAUAAAAAUUGCAGAAUUAUUAUUAAACACUAAUGUAUAUCAUCUAUUCAGGGCUAGCUAUCAAAGUUUGUCUGUAUGAUCAGUCAGACCACAUCCCAAUGCACACUGAAGAGAAAAUCUUCUAUACUGAAGACGACUACCGUGAUUUUCUUUCUCGCCGGGGCUGGACUUGUCUAAGGGAGUUUGAUGGCUAUAGAAACAUUGAUAGUAUGGAUGAUCUUCGGCAUGAUGCUAUAUACCGAGGCGUGAGUUGAAGCAUCUCAUACCUGCUGCUACUCCUCUUUAAUUGCUCACAUUGCCACCAUAAAGUCGCUGUUAGGCCAUAGCCGGGGAACUGUAUUACACAAUUGUACAGCAUGCUGUAAUUUUGUUGAAUGGUAGGAGACUAGAUCAAGUUUCUCUUAAUCCAUGGACAUCCAGUGUUUGUAAAUAUGUAUUUUCAUUGACAAAAAGUAUCAUUUAUUUCACUGACAUCAGAUUUUACCACCUUUUUUAA